AUCCAGAGUUGUUUCCCCUUGUUGUGCACCAACACAGAAUGACUUAUGGCGCCCUUCAUUUGAAUGACAUGAUAACCUCGUCGGACAAAGUCUCCGAAUGACCAUGUCACCGAUCCAUCACUUGUAUUGGACUCUUUUUCGGAGACCUCACAUAGGUGUGGUACUCACGCCACAAGCAAAGAAAGUUUUCUACUGUCUGACAAGAUGUAAUUCCACUAAACAGAACUCACCUUUACUGGAUACCUACUAUGAUCGAUGCAAAUAUGGACAAUUGAAAGCUGAUGAUCACCAAAUUAGCGUUAUUGGAAACUUACAAUCACUGCAUGACCACUUAAAAGACUACAAGCCAGUGACUUCUACUUGGUUUCAAAAGAUAUUAAAAUUAAAAAAUGACCAAAAAGCACCCAGAGGCAUUUAUUUAUAUGGAGAUGUUGGUAGGCUGUGGUAAGACCAUGUUGAUGGAUCUCUUCCACAAUAACUGUGUGAUUGAGAAGAAACUCCGGGUACACUUUCAUGAAUUCAUGCUUGAUGUCCAUAAAAAAAUUCAUAAAGUGAAGAAAGAGAUGCCUAAACAGAGGAAUAUAAAUCAAUCAGAAGCAUUUGACCCAAUUCCUCCUGUUGCAAAAGAAAUCAGCUCCAACACCUGGCUUUUAUGUUUCGAUGAAUUUCAAGUGACUGAUAUUGCAGAUGCUAUGAUCUUGAAGAGUUUGUUUACUGAACUUUUCAAUAAUGGAAUUGUUGUAGUUGCUACUUCGAAUCGACAUCCAGACGAUCUUUAUAAAAAUGGACUUCAGCGAGCUAAUUUUGUACCAUUUAUUGAUAUAUUAAAGGAUUUUUGUUAUGUAUUGUGUCUGGACUCAGGUAUAGACUACCGAAUGAAACAAUUGAUUACCGAAGGGAAGACUUAUUUUUUAACCACAGAAGCUGAUUGUGAAACAAAAGUGGAUGAAGUGUUCAGUUCUUUGUGUGAAUCUCAGAAAUCUGAUGUGGAACCUCGUAAUCUCAAAAUAUUAGGAAGAAAUCUCCAUUUACCUGUCACAUGUGGACGGCUGUUGGACACUUCCUUUAAAGCAAUGUGUUGUGAAGCUCUUGGCGCCAUAGAUUACUUAGAGAUAUGUCGACAUUUUGAUGUUAUUAUUUUGCGUAAUGUUCCAGCCAUGUCCUUGAACAACAGGACAGCAGCACGGCGAUUUGUCACCUUAAUAGAUACGUUAUAUGAUAACCAAGUGAAGUUGAUCAUAGCAGCUGAAGUGAAACUAUCCCUGAUAUUUUAUAUUGGAGAAUUCAAUGUGAAAUGCCAACAAGAUCACAGUAUGUUGAUGGAUGAUCUAGGGAUUCAUUCGCACAGUGAUUUGGCUCAGUCUAGUAUAUUUACUGGAGAAGAAGAACUUUUUGCUUUUAGUCGAACAAAGUCAAGACUAAGUGAGAUGAUGACAGAAGAAUAUUGGAGAAUCAAACCAAAACAACCAACGUAAUGAUAACUGAAUUUAGGAGGAUUUUUAUAUAGAAACGUAAUAGUAUUGAAAUAUAUUGUAAAAAUAUGGAAAAACUAUCUUUGUUUAAAUUCUUAUACAACGGAAAUUUAACAUAUUUAAAAAUUAUUUAUCUGGAAUAUUUAAUAGUGUCUAUAAAAUUAAAUUUUGCUUCAGCUAUUCAGUGGAUUCAUCUCAGGGGAAAAUUAUUUCAAUGUCAAAAUUAAAACAAAUUGCCAAAUGGAGGUUUCUUUUAAUACUCUUUUACUCUUUUACUUGUUUCAGUCAUUUGACUGCGGCCAUGCUGGAGCACUGCCUAUAGUCGAUCAAAUUGACCCCAGGACUUAUUCUUUUGGAAGCCUAGUACUUAUUCUAUCGGUCUCUUUUGCCGAACCGCUAAGUUACGGGGACAUAAACACACCAGCAUUGGUUGUCAAGCGAUGUUGGGGGGACAAACACAGACAUAUACACACACAUACAUAUAUAUAUAUAUAUAUAUAUAUACAUAUAUACGACGGGCUUCUUUCAGUUUUCGUCUACCAAAUCCACUCACAAGGCUUUGGUCGGCCCGAGGCUAUAGUAGAAGACACUUGCCCAAGGUGCCACGCAGUGGGACUGAACCCAGAACCAUGUGGUUGGUAAGCAAGCUACUUACCACACAGCCACUCCCGCCUCAGUUUUUUUUUAAAUUUUUUUUUUUUAUGGAGGAUAUUCAGACUUCAAAGAAUUUAAAGACAAAAAUGUGACUAUCCUAAACAAAAUAAGCAGCUACAUUGUCUCUUUUAAGUUCUCUUAAUUCUGUCUCAUUUUCUGAGUCUCAGCAAAAAUUUUUACGAUGUUUUCAUCCUCGAAUGUCUCCCUGUCAAUGUCUGCUUCACUGUAAAACUUUAAAUAAGUAGUUUCUCACUGGUUCACUGAAGUCUUUUUCAUAUAGUGAUGCAAGAAAAUAUAUGAGGAGAAGUUUUUCAUUGCUUUCAAGAAGAGAAUUUGAGCUUUGCAUGGUCAGCCAACUGAACACUCUUCAAUUAUAAAGUUACUGCAGCGAUUAAUUCCUAUGAUAUAAUUUACAGCUAAGCGGACUGAAUCAUUGAGAGUUAAGUGCCUUUGUUGCUUAUGCAAUACAAACCCUCAUCUCUUUGAUGGGCCAGUAUCUUUUUCAACUUUGAUAAUUUGAUAUAUGUUACAUUGGCUAAAUAUAUUAUUUCUUACAUGUCAUCACUAAAUGCUCUUUAAUGCUUAUUAAAAGAUGUUCGGAAUUUCACAUUAUGUGAUACUCUGCUUUAUUAUGACUUGUGAUCAUAGACUAAAGUAACAUCAACUAAAUAGCAUGGUCCAAAAUUUAGAUUUAUUUUUAUUCCUUUCAAUAAAUAUUGUUGGAAAAUAAAUUUCCCCUACCAUGAAAUAUAUUCUAGAGAAAGAUGGCAUGUCUUAUCUCCAUGUGCAUCUUAUGUGUUUAUAGAUAUAGGGAUUAAGCUUAUCAGUAAUUGAAAAAUUAAAAGAUAGGUCCUAAAAAUUAUUUGGUUAUUAAAUUAAAUUUAAGCAAUCUUUGAAGUUUUAUUCAUUUUCCAAUACUUAAAAUGGUUAAGCCUUUUCUCUCUAAUUCUGGAGAAAUUUAUUGACUUCAUAAAAAAUAUGGGCCAACCAGUUUCUAGAAGAAUGUUUUUAAAUGUGAGCUUACCCUAAUGUCAAUUUAGUUACAAUGAUGUGUGAUGUUCUGAUAAAACAUUCAUUGCAGCCAAAUAUACAACAAUGAUAAGCUUACUGAUUUAAAGGAAGUAUUCUGUAGAAGAGUUUUGAGUCUGUGUUGUUGCUCUUUCACUUCACUUAUUCUGCUAAUGUACAUGAAUAUAACACAGAGGUCAACAGAGCUGAUUACUUUGUUAAUAAAUAUCAUCAUGAAUAAGCAAUUAAAUAGAUUUACUGUGAGAAAAAUAAAUAACUUUAUCCUUUGUUAUGCCAAAAUCUGAUUAAAAGUUAACUCCCUUCCAACAUUGUUCCCCAAAAAGAUAAGAACAUGAAGCAGGUCCUUCACAAUAUUUAAUUCAAUGUUUCCCUUUUUGAAGUUCAAAUCAUUUUCGACUCAUUUUUGUUUCAUCCGAUCAAGAUUGAUACCAGUAAUAUAUCAUAUUGAUUAUACUCAUUUCACCUUAUGAAAAUAAAGUCUGUUUUUUUAAAAGAA